CGCUGCGCGCUGCGCGGUGACUGGCGUCCAGCGGCGGUCCGCGGGCUGCUGGGAAGAUGGCGGACUCGGUGGUCCGCCGAUGAGGAGACCGCGGGGAGAACCCGGCUCCCGGGCCCCGAGACCGACUGAGGGAGCGAUCUGCGCGGGGCCCGGGGAGUCAUGGUCUCCAUCACCCAACUCCAUGCUUCGAGUCCUGCUCUCUGCCCAGGCCUCUCCUGCUCGGCUGUCGGGCCUGCUACUCUUCCCACCAGCACAGUCCUGCUCUUUAGGGCCCAGCAAGUGGGGGAACCAUCCUCUUGGAGGAGGGCCCCGUGCAGGCCCUGUGCAAGGCCUCCAGCGGCUUUUGGAGCAGGCAAGGAGUCCUGGGGAGUUGCUGCGCUGGCUAGGCCAGAAUCCCACCAAGGUGCGCCCUCACCACUACCCUGUGGCACUUCGUCGUCUGGGCCAGCUCUUGGGGUCUACACCUCGGACCCCCCCUGUGGAGCAGGCCACACUACAGGACUUGAGUCAGCUCAUCAUUCGAAACUGCCCCUCCUUUGACAUUCACACCAUUCAUGUGUGUCUGCACCUGGCAGUCUUACUUGGCUUUCCAUCUGAUGGGCCCCUGGUAUGUGCCCUGGAGCAGGAGCGGAGGGCUCGCCUCCCUCCAAAGCCACCUCCCCCUCUGCGGCCUGGCCUCCAUGGUGGUCAGAGGUUGGAAGUUGCUUUGAACUGCCCCCAUUUCCAGCGGUACCCACGGAAGCAACUGAUCAGCAGCCUGACAGAGGUUAGGCCAGAGGAAUUCAGUCCCCACGCGAUGGUGCUCCUGGCCCAGCACCUGGCACGCCACCGGUUGAGGGAACCUCAGCUUCUGGAAGCCAUUGCCCACUUCCUGGUGGUCCAGGAAGCCCAGCUCAACAGCAAGAUGGUACAGAAAUUGCUCUUGCCCUUUGGGCGGCUGAACUACAUGCCACUGGAGCAGCAGUUCAUACCCUGCCUUGAGAAAAUCCUGGCUCGGGAGGCUGGGGUGGCGCCCUUGGCCACAGUCAACAUCUUGAUGUCACUGUGCCAGCUCCAGUGCCUGCCCUACAGAACCCUGCACUUUGUCUUCUCCCCAAGUUUCAUCAACCAUAUCACUGGCACCCCUCAUGCUCUGAUUGUGCGCCGCUACCUCUCUCUGCUUGACACGGCUGUGGAGCUGGAGCUCCCAGGAUACCGAGGCCCCCGCCUUCCCCAAAGGCAUCAAGUGCCCAUCUUCCCGCAGCCACUCAUCACUGACCGUGCCCGCUGCAAGUACAGUCACAAGGACAUAGUAGCUGAGGGUCUACGCCAGCUGCUAGGGGAGGAGAAAUACCGCCAGGACCUGACUGUGCCUCCAGGCUACUGCACAGACUUCCUGCUGUGUGUCGGCAGCUCGGGUGCUGUGCUUCCCAUCAGGACCCAGGACCCCUUCCUGCCUUACCCGCCACGGUCCCGCCCGCAAGACCAGGCCUCGAACCCCACAACUCAAAACCCUGCCCAAAGAGUGGUGCUGAUGCUGCGCGAGCGUUGGCAUUUCUGCCGCGACGGCAGGGUGCUGCUGGGAUCCCGGGCCCUGAGGGAGCGGCAUCUAGGCCUAAUGGGCUACCAGCUCCUGCCGCUGCCCUUUGAGGAACUGGAGUCGCAGAGAGGCCUGCCCCAGCUUAAGAGCUACCUGAGGCAGAAGCUCCAGGCCUUGGGCCUCCACUGGGGACCCGAAGGGGGGUGAGGGAAUGCGCAAGGGGCUCAGGAUGGCCCCCCUAUGGGGGGUGGACAACUUGCACUUUGGCUCCCUGUUUUGGUUUAUCAUUAAAGUCCCUUUCCUUCCUA